AUGCCCGCUGAUCAAACACCAGUAACAAUUACUAUUGUAGCACAUAAUUAUCUAAUUUAUGCAGUACAACUUGGUGAUCGUGUACCAGUAACUGAUAUAUUUCGAACAGUAUCACUUCGGAUUAAUUCUAAAACAAGAAAUGUUCGAUCUGUAUAUCAUACAUUUAUUGAUGUUAUUCAUAGUACAAAUUUUGAUCAAUCAAUAACAAUGUCUUCAACACAAUUACUACAAAGUAUUUUGGAACAAGCAAAGAACUUGGUGAAACAAAUUGAAGAUUUACGUAAUGAUAAUCAAAUAAUUAAAAAAGAAAAUGCACAAUUAAAACAAGAUAAUACAACAUUAAAACAAGAUAAUACAAUAUUAAAACAAGAAAAUCUACUCUUAAAACAAAACAAUGAUCAAAUGAUAAUAAAAAACG